ACAAAGAAAGCAGCAGGUAAAAUAGUAAAACGGGUGUCUUUGCGUGGCGACGCUUUUGCGUUUUGGGGACGAGCUGGUCGGAGAACGAGUCCUGAUUGGUCGAGGGCUCUAGGGACCGGGAAUCUCGGCGACGUCAUUACCACUUGCGCCAGCAACAGCAGGAGAACAAAGAACGGGCACGUGGGCAGAUUUCAAUACACAAAACAACUUUCAACAAAGGAGGAGCCAGGCGUGUGGCAUACAUAUCAAUAAGGCCCAGUUUGCAUAAAUCUGUAAAAGGCCGUGUACACAGGUCCAUCUGCUCAGAUCAGGCGGUGACGAUUGGACUAGCGACUACAGGAAGUCUCCUCCACCAUACGCAGCGCUGACGCCCAUAGCUACGCAGCAUUCUCUCACACAGGCUCAUUCCUUAGAAGAGCUUCCUCCAUACCACUGCUACGAACGUCCCGGCCUCCUCUGAACACGUCGCCGUCCAGUCCGAUAUAUUGAAGGCCCACCAAGCAGAACCAGCCAUGCCGAGAGGAUUUCUCGUCAAGAGAGGGAAAAAGUUCGUUCCUGUGUCGUACCGUCAGCGGGACGAGGAUGGCGUGGCGACACAGAAGAUGGAGCCGCCCGUCUCCCCGCCGCUGGCCCUGCCGCAGCACUCACCAGCGCGCGCCGAAGUCUCUCCGUUCAUCGCCAUCUCCAGUAUCCCGAGCGUGAGCGUCGGCGCACAGGCCAGCCCGGUACAGCGGCAUCCCUGCCAGCCGGCGUACCCUGACUCACCACACUUCACCUACAGUCCCAUCCGGCCUGUCACACGUGAGGCAGACUCGACGCUGAGGGAGAGUUUCGGGUACCACAAGUCCAGCUCUCCUCUGUCCGCUCACGCCUUCCCAUCCCCGUUGAUGUUUGACCAAUACAGCUUCAGUCCAGCUUCCGGCGGACCCAGAGAGAAGUAUUCGGACACUCCAUCACCUAACUCUGGGUCUGCAAAACGGCCGCAUCCUGACGGCGAGCGCAAGCCAAAGUCUCCCAUCAAGAAGUCCAAAGCCGUCAGAAAAAUCAAUUUCGACGAAGACACCACCUCUCCGGUCCUGGGGCUGAGGAUCACACAGGCGCCAGCUGAGCAAGAGAAACAGAAGGACAAGGACAAGGGCGACAGCAACAACAACUCUUCCAAAACAACAAACUCCACAAACAAGAAACCAGGAGGAGGUGCGUUCGUCUGCCAACUCUGUAAGGAAGAGUACACCGAUCCCUUCACCUUGGCUCAGCACAAAUGCUCGCGCAUUGUCAGGGUAGAGUACCGGUGUCCGGAGUGUGACAAGGUGUUCAACUGUCCCGCUAACCUGGCCUCCCACCGCCGCUGGCACAAACCCCGACCCACCGAAUCACCUAACAGCCGCUUUAGCGCAGCCUCCUCCCCAUCCCGAGUGAUGCCACUGUCCCCCGCCGGAGCCAAGCAUCCCGAGGCCGCCUACCACCGAGACCCGCAUCCCGAGAGCGCCAGCGAGACCCACAGCGACUCGGGCAGUCAUCGCAGCACCCCCAGCCCCCACACGGACGCCUCUCACCACCGCGACUCUGUCCAUGCCGACACGCCUUGGUUCGAGUGCGACCGGUGCGGGAAGAAAUUCCGACGCCAGGCCUACCUGAGAAAACACAUCUUACAGCACGAAGAGGGGAAGGAAGAGCCUAGCUACCCCUGUCACCUGUGCGGCAAAGUCUUCCGCACGCUCGCCAACAGGGCCAAACACAUCAUCGGGCACUCCAUGGGCCCUAAGGACCACUGCUGCCCCGAAUGCGGCGCAGGCUUCCCCAACAAGGCCGCUCUGGACCGCCAUGUCAGGAUGCACUCCUCCGACAUCUUCUCGUGCAAGUACUGCGACGCCACCUUCUACAGCUCGCCUGGUCUCACGCGCCAUAUCAACAAGUGCCACCCCUCCGAGAACCGACAAGUCAUCCUCCUGCAGCCCGUGCCCGCUCGCCACACGCCCACCGCUGUCUGCUGAACACGCGCGUACACAUACUGACUGGACAUUAGAAACACAGAGAACAAACUGUCUAAAAACAGCAGACAUGCGGUACAAGAGAACUGACCGCCAACUCACGUACGUACCUACACACAACCCACCGGUAAUGAAACAACGAACUCUGUUAGUAACGUUUAUAACUUAUCACUUAUGUGAUGUUUUGUGUAAGUCUAUAAUUGAAGUUGUGUUCUAUGAUUGUAUUGAAAUUCUGAGAAUUCUAUGUUGAUAAAUUAUAUUGUUGUUGUAUUUGUGAGAGACAAUUCUAAUAUAUAUUGACAGCUUAUAACGGUUGCUAGCAGCCUUGUCUUCGUCAUUGUUUUGUAUGAACAAAGAGAGAACUGUCCGUGACCAAAUCUCAUACCACAUGCCAAAUAUCAGAUCUCAUUUAGAAAUGGUGUUUUUAAUUGUACAGAUUAUACCUUUAUGACAUGUUUUAGAGGUUGUACAAAGAGUCUAGAGUCUGUGUGACCGUGGAUAUGUGUAGUUUGUAGCUGUCAGAAAGCUUUAAGGUCGGGCAAGGCAAUAGCUAAUCGAUAGGUUUGGUAGCAUAGGAGCGAGCUCUGCCGAGACCGGUGGUAGCGGUAAUUGUAACGGUGUACAUGACCCGUGCCAUUCCACGCAAACUGUGGUCUCUCCAUGUGCCCUUAUCAAGUGCUUUUAGAGAAGAAUGGAAAGGCUACAUUUGCAGCCUAUUUUGGUAAAAGAAAUUAUAGCCAGGUCUAUUUUCACAGUGAAACGUAACGACAAUAGUUUUAGACUGUAUAAGGACGCAGUGCGCCAUAGAAGUGGACCUACACCAAUUCACUGUCCUUUGUGUGUACUGUAACUGUUGUACAACUGCCUUGUGUAGAGCUACGGUAGACAAAGCUACUUUAGCGUAUUUUGCUCAAGUAACAAUCAUUUCUUGUACAAAACGAACAUUUUGUAAACAGUGUAGCUAUUUUGUCCCAGGCGUUUUGUAUUUGUGCGAGAAUUUUCCAAACCGUAAUUGCCGGAGGCCUUGAUUACCGAGAAUAUAUUUGUGUACAAGCCGACAUAUUCCGAGAGUCUAUCAUGUGAGUUUUGAUAACGCGUUUAUAUAUAUAUCAAGCGAAACCGAUAUUUAAUAAAAUGUGAAUUUUCA